AUGGCUGUGGUAAUCAAGUUCAAGGAUCGUAAAGCGGAUGAUUUUGUCAACAAACAAAUCAUCGAGGUGUUCCGCAAUUGCGAAGAUCCGGAUGUGGAUUUGAUGGUGGCCAACGGCCAAAUCGUUUCAUCUCAUCGUGUGGUGCUGUCUAUGUACUCGAAAUACUUCCGCCGAGCGCUCAGCCAAUCAAAUGCAGAGUACAAAUUUAUUGUGCCAUUGAUUGCGUUCCCAUUGCUUGCGAUUCAACAUGUUGUCGAGCUGUUUUACUACGGCGAAAUUCGUGUGCUGGCAAACAUCAAGAGUCAGGUGAUCAAAGCGUUGGAUUUUUUGGAAGUCGAUUAUGACAUUCCAUCGACUCGUCGCACCCCGAUUCAAUCGACAAAUAUGCAAGUGAUUUUCAACGCGGCCGCCGCAAAUCAGAAGAUCGCAUCUCAAGUCAAUGUUGUGGGCACGAAUCCUGUGCUGAUGCAAAACAAAUCGAAUCCGGUGCAGAUGCAAAACAAACCGAAUCUGGCGCAAAAACCGAUGGCAAAGCCAAAGGCUACUGAACAACCCGAUCAAAGUGGCAAUUUGACGCCCACUGAAAACUCUGCCGCCUUGGCCGGAACAGAAAAGCCGAAAAUCACGAGUGACGUGCAAGUGAAAUCCUCCACUGAUGGCCCUCUCGACAAGAAUGCCAUGCCAUUGUCUUUGCAAACCAACUCGUUGACGAUGCCAAAACCGAGUCAAGCUGAAGCGUUGCAAACGUCGCAAAACGUUGAAUCGACACCAUCAUUGGCAACAGAAAAAUCACCAGAAAACAUGCCGAUUUCGAACGAUCUUUCCAAAGGAGCAUGCAAACCGACCGCUGAAGAUGAGAUGGUCAUCGACAACGAAAACAUUGCCGCCCGACUGUUAACGUACGACGUUGACAAAGCCACUGAACAAAUCCAUUCACAAGUCGACGAGUUCAUGAAGGAAAUGGAUAUUGAAAUGAAAGACGUCAACGAAAACACGGACGAUAUGGAUUACGAGGUAUAA